UGCGAGAAGCAUUUCGUAAACUGAAUCCCUUUUGCAUCAUCAGAUGUUCCAGCUCUGAAAUAACUGAAUUGUUGAUAAGAGCACAAAUUGUAUACAAACAUCAACAUUUUAUCCAGUCUCCUUGGUCUAUAUAUGGUUGGGUUAUUUCUGAAGAAAACGUUUAUUGCAGUUUGCCGUGUAAAGUGUCAAGUAACAUUUAACACUUACGAAUACGGAAAACCGUAUUUUUGACUCGUUGGCAGUUUGUGACUUCGUACCAAUCUCGCUGCCAGCGGAAGUACUGUACUUGUGAGAAUUUUGGCGUUCCAUAUCUUCCUUGACAUCGAUAGCAGGAACGACAGAUUUUGUGCCUUCUGCAAACGGGGCAGCUUUGAUUUGACAGUUUUUAAGAGAUUCUGAAGUAACAACAAAUCGUUGAUAAUGAACCCUGACGCCGGAACUGUAGAAGUGGAAUCUACCGCCAAGGACGCGAACAACGCCGCCGGUGAUGCGGCUAACAAAACCGAAGAGGAACUGAAGAAGGAAGCAAAAAAGAAAGAAAAGCAGAAACAGCAGGCUGAAAAAGCCGCGAAAUUCCAGGCGAAACAAGAAAAAGCUAAACAGCAACCAGUGGCACCGCCGAAGCCAAAAGAAGAAAUUAAACCGAAGAAAGAAAAGACAGCGGUGGUUUACGAGAGUCAGCUUCCUCCUGGGAGUAAGAAAGACAUUUCGGGACCGAUGCCGGACUCGUACAGCCCCGCUUACGUCGAAGCCGCAUGGUAUGCGUGGUGGGAGAAAGAAGGAUUUUUUAAACCGGAAUAUGUCGAGAAGCAGUAUCCAGAUAACAAAGAAAAAUUCGUCAUCGUGAUUCCACCACCGAAUGUGACCGGCACUUUGCAUUUGGGCCAUGCUUUAACAAAUGCCAUUGAAGAUACCUUGAGCAGAUGGCAUCGGAUGUGCGGAAAAGCUACUUUGUGGGUUCCUGGUUGCGACCACGCUGGCAUUGCUACGCAAGUCGUCGUAGAGAAGCGUCUAUGGCGGGAACAGAAGGUAUCACGUCACGAACUUGGUCGGGAGAAAUUUCUCGAGGAAGUAUGGAAAUGGAAAAACGAGAAAGGAGAUUUUAUCUACAAUCAGUUGCGGCGUAUGGGAUCUAGUGUAGACUGGGAGCGCGCGCGUUUCACCAUGGAGCCUGUUAUGAGUCGAGCGGUCAUUGAAGCGUUCAUUCGCUUACAGGAAGAAGGGUUGAUUUAUCGCAGUCGGCGACUCGUUAAUUGGUCCUGCACGUUGAAAUCGUGCAUCUCGGACAUCGAAGUAGAGAAACGAGAGCUUACAGGAAGAACGUUCCUUUCCGUACCAGGAUAUAAGGACAAGGUGGAAUUUGGAGUACUGAUCAGUUUCGCAUAUCCUUUGGAGAAUUCCGACGAUUUUAUUGUCGUUUCCACAACACGUAUUGAAACUAUGUUGGGAGAUACAGCGAUCGCGGUGCAUCCCAAUGAUGAUCGAUACAAGAAAUUUGUGGGGCACUUUGCCAAGCAUCCACUGCUUGACCGAAAGAUUCCAAUCGUGGCGGAUGAAUAUGUUGAUAUGACCUUCGGUUCGGGAGCCGUUAAGAUCACUCCAGCGCAUGAUCACAAUGAUUAUGCUAUUGGAGAACGGCAUAAUUUGGAUUUCGUUACAAUUAUGGAUGACGACGGAGUUUUGAAUUCCAACUGUGGGCCUUAUAGUGGGAUGAAACGCUUUGACGUGAGAAAAAAAGUAUUGGAGGAUUUAAAAGCGAAAAAUUUAUACCGCAGCACUGUCGACAAUCCCAUGGUUGUACCAGUUUGCAGCCGAAGCAAGGAUGUUGUCGAGCCACUGAUUAAAUCGCAGUGGUUUGUUAACUGCAAUGAUAUGGCCGCAGAAGCUGUUCAGGCCGUGCGUUCCAAAAAUCUGCGAUUGAUUCCUGACAUGCACGAAAAAAUCUGGUUUCACUGGUUGGAGAAUAUUCGGGAUUGGUGCAUAUCGCGACAGUUAUGGUGGGGUCAUCGCAUUCCUGCGUACUUCGUUACUGUCAAGGGCCAGCCGGAAGCUGAUGAUAGCGACUCACGCUACUGGGUUACGGGGAGAACUUUAGAAGAAGCCAUGGAAAAGGCCGUGAAAAGAUUUAAUGUUCCAAGCACCGAAAUCACUUUGCGGCAGGACGAAGAUGUCCUGGAUACGUGGUUCAGUUCGGGAUUAUUUCCUUUCGCAGUCUUUGCCUGGCCCGAUGAAACAAAAGAUUUGGAAAAAUAUUACCCAACUUCGUUAUUGGAGACGGGCAGUGAUAUUAUAUUUUUUUGGGUUGCUCGUAUGGUUAUGCUGGGACUGAAGUUGACCGGAAAAUUGCCGUUUUCAGAGGUUUAUCUGCAUUCAAUUAUCCGUGAUGCUCAUGGUCGGAAAAUGAGCAAAUCCUUGGGUAAUGUAAUCGAUCCCCUGGAUGUUAUACAAGGAAUACCGUUAGAAGAACUGCAUAAACAGCUCCUCACCAGUAAUUUGGACCCGAGCGAAGUGGAAAAGGCGAAAGCCGGUCAAAAACAGGACUUUCCGGAGGGCAUACCAGAGUGUGGUACGGAUGCGUUACGUUUUGCUUUAUGCUCAUUUCUUACGGAAGGUCGCGACAUCAAUCUGGAUGUGCUGCGCAUCCAGGGUUACCGCUUUUUUUGCAACAAGCUAUGGAACGCCUUGCGCUUUUCUAUGAUGCAACUGGGGGAGAAUUUUCUGCCACUAAAUAAUUGUGCAGAGAUUACAAAGGCGGCAAAUGAAUUGGAUCUGUGGAUACUCAGUCGGGCAGCUUUUGCUAUUCAGGAGUGUAAUGCUGGAUUCAGAGAAUAUAACUUUCCUCGCAUUACAACAGCUUGCUACAAUUUUUGGCUGUACGAAUUAUGCGAUGUGUAUUUGGAAUGCACGAAAGUUGUGUUUGCCGGAUCGGAAGAAUCGGCAAAGGACACUUGUCGACAAGUUCUAUACACUGCACUGGACGUUGGUCUACGGUUGAUAUCGCCUUUUAUGCCCUUCAUAUCGGAAGAAUUGUAUCAACGUCUGCCGCGCCGCUCACAGACUGCUCCACCCAGCAUUUGUAUAACGCCAUAUCCUCGACCUGAGGAUGCGACGCAUUGGGGAAAUAAGGAUCUUGAGAACCGCAUUGAUUUGAUGAUGCAGGUGGUUCGUGCUGCACGGUCGCUGCGAGCCGACUACAAUUUAGCUAAGAGCAAGACACCGUUGUUUGUGUUGUGUCAAAGUGCGGAUAUUCAACAAAUUCUGGAGCCAAUAACGCUCUAUACGAAAACUCUGACCAAUUCGAGCGACGUGACUAUAUCGUCAUCCGAUGCUGCCGUCCCAAAAGGUUGUGGAAUGUUGUCUGUCCGGCAUGACUGUUCCGUAUAUUUGUCAUUGGAGGGAUUCAUAGAUGUUAAGAAAGAAAUGGAGCGUCUCACUGAUAAACAGGACAAAUUGUUCAGUAUGAUAGAACGGCUGAAAAAGGCGACGAGUAUUGAGGGCUAUUUGGAAAAAGUUCCGCCGGAAGUGCGCCAGCAAAAUGCAGAGCGUCUAGCACAGCAGGAAGCGGAAAAGCAGAAACUGGAAGAGACACUUGCCACUUUGAAAACUUUGACGUUAAGCUAAAUCAAGCUUCUUUUCUCAGAAAUUUUUUGUCUGUUGUUCCGUUUUUUUAUUGUCUUGUUGCUUAAAUAAUAAUUAUCAUUUCGACGGAGUGAUGGUAAAGCGAAUCAGAGGUUGAAAGUUGAAAUAGUCAGUUUGAUUUGUCCGUUCGCUGUUGCUGAUGCAGCAGCUGAAAUUUUUGUAAUCAGUUUUCAUGAACGUUUUAAAAUGAGUAUCGAUAUCCGCAGAUCGUACUGGGGUUAUUAUAUUAGAGUAUAUUCG